AUGUCAGUCAUGAAGCCCUAUUUAAUGGCCAUUUCCAUCCUUCUGAUCCUGGUUCAUAAGACUCCAGGUGACUUGCUCAGAUCCUACUUUGGCAGGAGCCAGGAGCCUUGGAAUCCAUGCCAGCUUUACCAUGGCAUGUGCAGAAAUGCCUGCAUGAAAUAUGAAAUUCAAUACUUAACCUGCCCCAAUGAUCAAAAGUGCUGCCUGAAAUUUUUUGCGAAAAUAGCCAAUUCUAACCAUGUGAAAGAGGACUCCAACUUCAACUUGUCAGUUACAAACACUUAA